GUGGUUCAUCGUGAUCCCGCCGUGGAGAUCUCUGGACGCUCAUUCUCUCUCGUGCACACUUCUUCGUUAUCUAUGUGCUGUGUGCCACCGGCAGUUCUCUCUAUCUCGUGCUAUCCCCUCUUCUGCGCGUUUCCAGAAUGAGCGAUUGAGAUAUAGUGAGCAGGGAGACUGAGAGGGCGCUAGCUGAGCCGGCGGAGGGAGAGACUGAUAAAUAUAUUCAAAUUGAUACCUGGAGGCGAUUUUCUUUGUGUUGAUUCUGUAUUUCUAAAUCCCCCGUGUCGAUUAGAGGAGUGCCUGCCUGGCAAUUGGGUUCUAUGGGAUUUGAAGGAGGCUGUUUGGUUUAAUCGAAUACUCGUUCUCAUUUGAAUUACCAGACAUUUGUGGCUUGGUGGUUUAGAUGGCAAGGGUAAGAGAUAGAACAGAGGAUUUCAAAGAUGCUGUACGACAGAGUGCUCGCUCUUUGGGGUAUGAUGAGGCCAAAUUGGCAUCAGUCAUGGCUUCUUUUAUCAUUCACAAACCUCGGCAAAGGUCACCAUUUACUAAAGCGGCACUGAAGACGCUUGAGAGUAUUGGAGAAUUGGACCAGUUCUUGUUGAAGCACAGAAAGGAUUAUACAGAUCUGCACCGCACAACUGAACAGGAGAGAGAUAGCAUAGAACAUGAAGUCAGUACUUUUAUUAAAACUUGCCAACAGCAAAUUGAUGUUCUAAAAAACAGUAUUAAUGAUGAAGAGGCGAACUCAAAAGGCUGGCUUGGCAUUGCAGCUGCGAAGUCUAAUGUGGACACUAUAGCCCACAAACACGGGGUGGUUCUAAUUCUGAGUGAGAGACUCCAUUCCGUAACUGCUCAGUUUGAUCAGCUCAGAGCUGUGCGCUUCCAGGAUGCUAUUAAUAGAGCUAUACCACGAAGAAAACUUAACCGUAUGACCAAAAAGGAUUCUGCAGAAGCUUCAAACUCAGGCAGUAUGGAGCUCAGAGAACCUGAUGAAUCACGCAAUGAACCUCUAAGAGUCCAACAGCAACUCUUGGAUGAUGAAACACGUGCUCUUCAGGUGGAAUUGACUAGUCUUCUAGAUGCAGUUCAAGAGACUGAAACAAAGAUGGUGGAAAUGUCUGCACUGAAUCACUUAUUAUCGACCCAUGUUCUGCAACAAGCUCAGCAAAUUGAGCUCCUAUAUGACCAGGCUGUUGAAGCCACCAAGAAUGUGGAGCUUGGUAACAAAGAACUGUCCCAGGCCAUUCAGCGGAAUAGCAGCAGCAGAACAUUUCUUUUGUUGUUUCUUUUUGUACUUACUUUUUCUGUCCUCUUUCUUGAUUGGUACAGCUGAGCACAUUGCAUUUUUCCUUAGUAAUGUUAUUUUCACAGCACUUGCUUUA